UCGGAAAAUAUAUUCAUCAAGAAUUUACUGCAGUAUUAAUACGACAUUGAUUCAAUUGAACACAUUAUUGUUCUCCGAGUGUCUUAAAUAUAAAUAAUAUUUUCUUUUAAUAAAGUUAAAAAGCGUUGUAAUGAUAAUAGUGCUAUAAUAUUUUGAUACGUAUUCUUAAUAUUGGUGUUCGAUAAAUAUCACAUUAAAAGUUUUAAAUAAAGCAAUGUAUAAACAAACAUCCGAUGCGGUUUGGUGGUACCUCCACGAAUUAGGAUCGCGAGUGGUCGCCGAUUCUGGCAUAGCAAGCGAUAGAUAUCAUGUUGGUAAAAUUAUACUGCGCAGCUUAAAGGACGCUCCGGACUAUGUAUUGCAGAUAGAUGGAGCCACGGAUGAGAAAGAGACGAGUAAAUCGGUCUUAGAGCGUUCAGUGAGAUGUGCUUCUGUGUUCAAGAAUAUGGGUCUCAAAUACCAGGAAGUCAUAGUUAUCAUGGCUCCAAACCAUCUUGACUUGGUUAUACCGAUGUAUGCUGCUCUGUAUCUUGGCAUCACUGUGGCAGGAGUUGACAUGGGCUUAAAAAUAAAUGAGCUUCGAGACACACUGAAAUGUACUAAACCAAAAUUAAUAUUCUGCGAAAACUCAAAUGUCCCGACUAUUGAAGAAGCAUUGAAAGCGUUAAACAUCUCGACUAAAAUUGUAACAUUUGGUAAAAAACUGGACGAUAAUCUGUGCUUUACAGAAUUACUUGACAAUCAAGCUGGAGACACUUCAGUUGAACAGUUUAAACCAGCUGACUUCAACCCAAUGCUGACGACUGCUGUGUUGGUGACAACAAGUGGAUCGACGGCAAUACCAAAAAUAGCUGCACUAACGCAUAAGAAUAUUUUCUAUGGAUUUCCUAAUAUAUUGGUUUUCAAUACAAAAUUUCCAUCGCCGUUUGACAUAGCUAUGCUCCUGUCACCGGUUCAGUGGGUAUCAGCCACGUUCCAGUUUAUUAUGUCACCCAUUAUGAGAUACACGCGAGUGCAGACAUCUUCCGCGCCAACGACUGACCACGUCUACUCCCUGAUAAACACUUACAAGCCAGAGUUUACUAUACUGAGUCCAACAUUUAUGACGACUUUAUUCAAAACAUGCGAGAAAGAUAAAUGCGAUUUUAGCUCGCUUAAGUUUAUACUCGUCGGUGGAAGCGCUGUUUCUAAACAACUGCUAGAAGAGGUUAAGAAAGUAAUACCAAAUUGUCAUUUACAAAUUGGCUACGGAUUGACAGAGUCUUCAGGCUUGGUGGCCACUCCAGCGUAUUCACCUUUCGGUUCAAUAGGUGCACCGCUAAACAGUGUGCAGUUCAAACUGGUAGACAUGAACACGAAUGAAGAGAUCACUAAACCAAAUGAGCCCGGAGAAUUAAGAUUAAAAGGACCUGCAGUUUUCAAGGAGUACUAUAAUGACGCGCAGAUGACCGCUGCGGCCUUCGAUGAAGACGGAUGGUUGAAGACGGGAGACAUUCUCUACAGAGAUGAAUAUUUCAAUUACUAUUUCGUUGAUCGACUGAAAUUGCUAUUAAAAUACAAAAGUUACCAGGUGUCCCCAGUGGAAGUAGAAAAUGUCAUCAUCAAGCACCCUGGUGUACUAGACGUGGCUGUCACUGGCAUACCUGAUGAUGAAUGCGGUGAUCUGAUCGUCGCAUUUGUUGUACCUCUUAAAGGGUAUAGCGUUACAGCUCAGGAAAUCAAAGAUUUGGUCAAAGCUUCGCUAUCAGAUUCAAAGCAACUAAGAGGAGGUGUGAUCUUCCUUAAGGAAAUGCCGACGACUUCAACAUCGAAACUUGACCGAGCCAAAUUGAAAUCAAUGGCUCUUACUUUGAAUAGAGAAUGAAUGAAUAUUUACUAAAUCUAAAUUAGUUUAAAUCAAAAAAAAUUACGAAGAUUAUUAUGGGAAUUAAAAAAAAAACACAUAUACUUUAUACUUUAUUGUACACCACACCACAAAGAGAAAAAUACACAACAUGUAUACUGCCAAAAUAAAUGUACAAUUAUGACGACCAUAUCACUACAUAGCGAUCUCUUCCAGGCAACCAACGGUGUGAGUAAUUACAGAUAGGAUAUGGGGUAGGUGGUGGUAUGAAUAAAAUAAUAUUAAUAUUUAAUUAAAACAAAACCAAUAAACAAAUGUAAAUAUAAAAUACUAUAAUAUAUUAUAAUUAAAUAUUAUAAUUUAAUUGUAAUAUAAUUUAUUAGUUUACUUAAAUAUAUACACAUAUAUUUAAUUAAAACGAAUUUACUUAACUAGUCCAGAAUUUUAUUGUCAAAAUCUGUUUUGCACUCAAUUCCAUUUUUAAAUUGGUAUAGUUUCGUUUAAUUGUUUUGUGUUUAGUAAUAGUAAUUGUAAAGUAAUAUGCAUGAUUUGUGCUUUUAAAUAUAUCAUAAUAUUUUGUAAAUGUAUUAAAAAUUGUAUAUAUAAUAAGAUUAAUUUGCAGUCCUGUCAUUAUAUAUACAUUUUAAAAUGCACGCGAAACGAGAAGGCUGACUUUCUGGUAUUGUGUGGCUUAGGAAGACUUGAUAUUGACGACCGAGAUUCCCGAUGACCUUUCGCUUUGAAAAGUGACAUAAUUUGAUAUUGAUCUAAUAUUGAUUUUUAGUAUUAUCAACAAAUAAACGACGCCCACGAACAUAAAAUAAUAAUAACAUUGAUUUAUAACUCAAUCAGCGUUGUCUGUCAGGUUAUGUGCUUUUUUAACUCGAAAUCAACAUAGAUCGUUAAUAUUAAGUCAUUUUUCACCGAAUAUUGGAUCAUAAACAAUAGUAGACCAAAUGGUUCAGAAGUGACACCGCUAAUAGACAUAACAUUUGUAGAUAUUUUCAAACUAAAGUUAUUUUUUAUUAAAUCUAUAUAUAUUUUUAAAAGAGUUCAACUCGUUUCUUAUCUUAUAUAUGGAUAAUGUUGGUUUGAUAAAAAUAAAACUGUUUUCAUUGG